UUUUGAAUAGCUACAGAAGGGUAGCGGCGGAUAAGUCACUCGUGGUGUUCGUUUAGCGAUGGUAGAUGGUCGGGAGAUGUGAAUUCAGAGUUUUAGUGAAGUGCUGAGGACUAUUAGAUAAAUUCAUCUUUCUGUGUCUCCACUGUUUUUAAAUGUGCUAAUAUGUCUUUGGGGUCGACAGACCGCCACGUCCUCGCCGUGGCCCUGGCUAACGCAGUGAGCGGUGUAUUAAAUGUCAUAUCUCCCACACUGAUUGUUACCAGAUAAAAAGCUGACCACAUCCCUAAUCAGGUGACGGAAACCCAUCCGACCAAAUAAAAAAACAUCUAGAAUGGUUUGGUGGACCUGAACUAGACAUUUGCCGGAGUAUUUAUACAUCUACAAUGAUGUUUUGUUGUUUGAGAAGUUGUUUUGAUGGACUAGGGUUUGCAGGGCAUCAAACUACCCACAAAGAAGACAAUCCCAUCAAUCUGGACACCUCUCAUAUGGGUCACGAAGUCGUGAUUGUUAUGAACGGCCUAAGAGCUUGUGGUCAGGGUUGUACCCUGACAAAUGUACCUCUAGUACAAAGUAAAAGUUAUUUUGAAGUUAAAAUACGCCAGGACGGGGUUUGGGCUGUUGGUUUGGCAACGAGAUCGACUGAUUUAAAUACAUCGACUGGGGGCAAUGACGCCGAAAGUUGGGCACUGAAUUCUACAGGAAUUAUUCGACAUAAUAAAGAGGAAGUACACAAAGUCCAAACUCUGGCCCAGGAAGGAGAUAUUAUUGGAAUCGCCUUCGAUCAUAUAGAGCUGAAUUUUUAUGUUAAUGGAAAACCCCUGGAGGCACCUGUUAUGGGGAUUAAGGGAACGGUAUAUCCUGCUUUAUAUGUGGAUGACGGAGCCAUUCUCGAUCUAAUACCUCAAGAAUUCGCUCACAUACCCCCAGCUGGCUUUGAGAAAAUCAUGGUCGAGCAAUCUCUACUUUAACAUUAUUUAUCUCUUAUUUUCCAUGAUAUUUAAUUUGCAAUUGAUCAAUUACUUAUUUAAUUGUGUUUCAUCUCAAUUCCCCACGAACUACGUGGAUUCAAUUUCCAUGAAACUUAAAUGACUGUACAAACUCAAAUAUUAACAAUAAGAGAAGGAGAGUGUAAAAUGUAAUGUCCAAAUUGUCACAAAUAAAGGAAAUUAUUUAAUGCA